CUGAGGGCCGUGAGUGUGACUCGCUGUUGUACGUUGUUCGGACAAUGUCUGGUCGCGGCAAGGGCGGGAAGGGCCUGGGCAAAGGCGGCGCCAAGCGCCACCGCAAGGUGCUGCGCGACAACAUCCAGGGCAUCACCAAGCCCGCCAUCCGCCGUCUGGCCCGGCGCGGAGGCGUGAAGCGCAUCUCCGGCCUCAUCUACGAGGAGACCCGCGGGGUGCUGAAGGUGUUCCUGGAGAACGUGAUCCGCGACGCCGUCACCUACACGGAGCACGCCAAGCGCAAGACCGUCACCGCCAUGGACGUGGUCUACGCGCUCAAGCGCCAGGGCCGCACGCUCUACGGCUUCGGCGGCUAAAGCCUUGGUCCGCGCUUCUUUCCACUCUUUCCAAAGGUCCUUUUCAGGGCCGCCACCUCCUCCACGAGGGGCUGCAGCAUUUUCUCCAGGUGGGGACUUGGGUCAGUGUCUAAAGUCUGUUUCUGCUAUUCUGUUUCAGUGCAUUUCUGAUUGUGAGCUUUAAGUUCAUUUCCGGGUUUUUGAAUUUUCUGUAAACUCAGCUGCUUAGUGGUAUUAGUGUUUCUUGUCCAGCUCUUCAUCUGAGGUUUUAGGGUGCAAAUACACAUGGAGUUAAGUGCCAUUCGAGUUUUACAGGUGUUUUUCAAGGCUGCUAUGGAUUCGAAAGGCUGAGACCUGGCUAUUCUUACUCUAGGGAUUAUGGCCGAGGUAAGCUUGGUUUUGCAUUGUUUACUGGCAGAAUCCUUUGUCCAGUCUUAGUUCAUAAGCCUAUUAGUUCUACUGUGUAUUUAUCCUUGGCUUUGGCCAGGUUCAGAAUGGCAGCAGGCAAACAGCCAUGGUAUAUUUCCUAUCUCCAUGGCAAGAAUUCAAGCCAUCUAGGAUCUUGAAUUUGGGCUUUUGAGCUUCUAACUCCAGGGAAAGCUAGAGAACUGAUCUCUCGUCCAGCAUGAGACGAGGUUUAAUUUAAAUGCCACUUAAGUAUGUUCUAAGAAUUGGGGUUGACUGGGAAUGGCACACUCCUUUAACCCCAGCACCUCAGAGGCAGGCCGAUCUCGAGUUCAAGGCUAGCCUUGGCUAACAUGGUGAGUUUAAAGCCAGUGAAGAAUACGUAGUAAGACCUUGUCUCAAAAAACAAAAGGAACAAAGAUGUGAACUCGCCCAAGAACAAUAACCAUCCCUUCCCCUCAACGCAACAUCAAUUACACUCGAGUGGCAGAGGCAGGUGGCUCGCUGGGUUGAAGGCCAGCCUGGUCUACAUACCAAGUACCAGAAGCAAGUAGCAGUAACACCCAGUCUUAAGCCCAAUGGAGAAGGAAUCUAGAGCUUCUGCGCAUGUUCUGAUGUGAUGAAACGUCAUGAAGCCAAUGUAAGGAAAGAAAGAUUAAGGUUUAUUUUUAUUUACUAUUAGCUGGGCACGAUGGUGCAGACCUUUCAUCCCAGCACUUGUUUGUAGCUAGAGCAAAGUAGAGAAACCCUGUCUCAAAGCAGAGAGACUGAUUUCUAUGUAUGUGUAUGUGUAUGUGUCUUGUCUAAGGGAGACAAGGUCCCUUAGAGCUUAAGUUAUAGAAGGUCAUGAGCACAGGACAGGGGUGCUGGGAACUGAACUCAGUAAAGUGUAUGCUCAUAACCACUGUGCCAGCUCUACAGCCCUUUUUAUUUACCUUUUUUUUUUUUUUUAACAAUUAAAGGACCACAGUUUGAAGUAACGGAAUGAUUCAAGUAGUAGUUAUAUCUCGCUUAUUUUUGGAGUUUCCCAAGUGACCAGAGACCACGCAUUAGUUUGCUUCCUCGUUGUUUUUGAAGACAUUUGUAAAUAUUCAUAUGCAAUUGUGAAAACUGCUCUUAUGUUUUGUGUAUAAAAAGGGCCAAACCAAGCCAGGAAGUUUAGGGAAAUUCAUCAGCAUAAACUCAUCAAUAAGAAUAUUUACCCAUUUUUAAAAUGGAUAACAAAUUGCUCAUUCAUUCAUUUAUUUAUUUAAAACAUCUCAAUCUGCCAGAGGGCAGGUCAGAUUUUUAAAACCAAGUCUUUCUAAAUCUCACAUCUGAUCGCUCAGCUUCUUGAUUCUUCCCACAAUACAUCCAUAUCACGUUGUUCCUUGAGACAACUGGAAAAGAAGAAUCUGUUCAGUUUGUACACGCACAGCACGAAGUCCUUACGGUGCAUCACAGCCCGUCAGCAAAUUUAGAGGAACAAACCAGGAAAUUCAGAUUUCACAAUGAACAUAGAAGCUCAAUAUUAACAGUGGGCACUGAAACUCAAUUACUCUUUUUUUUUUUUUUUUUGAGACAGGUUUUCUCUGUGUAGCCUUGGCUGUCCUGGCCUCGCUUUGUAGACCACCAGGCUGGCCUGGAACUUACAGGGAUCCGACUGCCUCUGUCUCCCUGAGCGAUGGGAUUACAGGCCCGUGCCAGAGCACCGGGCUUUCAUUGCUGACUUUGACUGUAGCCUGUCUUCUGUAGGGGAAACCUUAGGGAACAAACGGGUUCGUUUGUUCUUGUUUUCUGACCUCAGCAGGCCUUUUACUAGGUAACUGAGAAUGUGUCUUUUAUCUGCAUGUUGUAUUGUUGGUUCCCUGCUACAAAGCAGCUGGCAAAACACCCUGACCUGAUUUAAUUAAUAAUACAUAAAAAGCACCUUGACCUAAUCUUUUUUCUUUUGAGACAGGAUUUCUCUGGGAGUAGCUUUGUCUGUCCUAGAACUCACUCUGCAGACCAGACUGCCUUCAAACUCACAGAGAUCCAUCUGCCUCUGCCUCCCAAGUGCUGGGAUUAAAGACAUGAGCCACCACCGUCCAGCCUGACCUAACCAUACAUACUUCUAAUUUUUUUUUCUCAGAAAUCUUCAGCUAAAUCAUUAAUCUGAGCAGCAUUGCUUUUUAAUAAAUCCCCACUAUUGUUAUGUUUUGUGAAUGCAUUGCCCGAUGGGGAAAUUAGAAAUUUGCCAGGGAUAUUUAUUUAUACAAGGCACAAAACAGGGUGACCAGGACAGCAACGAGUGAAGGCUAGCAGUAACAAGAGGUCUUCAGGAAGCAGGACCCUUAGGGUCUUGACCAGUUAGUUGUUUUUCCUCAGGCCGCUCUUCCUGCACUACACUAUCGCCACCAAACUAGCCUUGAAUUGAUAAGUAGCUAGGUAGGGAUAAACUUGAAUUUUUAAGUUUUUUGUUUUUGUUUUAAUUUUUGUGUGCAGGGUGGUGGCGGUGGUACAAAUGCCCACAGAUCCCCUGGAACUAGAGGCAGCUGUGACAGUCCUCCUCCUCUCCACGGGUACCAGGAAUUUAGCUUGGGGUCAUUUGCAAGAACAAUACACAUUCUUAACUGCUGCAGGCCACAACCUUAAAUUCUUGAUCCUCCUGCCUCCACCUCCAGAGUGCUGGAAUUACGACGGUGAGCCCCCAUGCCUGGUUUACGUACUUCUGAAUGGCAAGCUAGCGAGCACUGGGCGUGGAAACUCUCUGCCACCGCAGCUUUCCUGGGGCCUGGUAACGCACGCUUGUAUUCAUCUAAAAAUGCUGGCAGGUCAGUUUUGCUCUCGUGUGGUUUAGGAUUUCUUUGCUGUGGUUUGCUGGCUCUGGAUGCAGUAACUUUGGGGACUGCCUCGGAAACCCUGGGAAGUUUAUCACCAUCCACACUGCCGAUCCUGCAGGAUCCCGUAGGACCUAACUAGAGACCACUACUCUUUUCCGUAAUGAUGUCAAGGCUUGCAGUAAGUUAACAAGACAGUUUCUGCUCUGUUAUCGCCAAAUGAGUCUUCUCCAUGUACUUAUCAAAAGGCCCAGAACCACAGCAUUCUGACCUCUAAGAAUGUAAGAGAAGCUCAUCAGACUCACCCUUUGAAGUCCUUUUAGAUUUCGUAGGUAAUAACUGAGUGAAGGAGCACACAUUCAUAGCCAGCUGAUGUGGUAUGUGUGGGAGUAGGUGACCCCAACAUCUGUGGCUUCUGUUUUCUUGACCUGGGUGUGGUGGAUCCACCUGUAGUGCCAGCUGCCUUCACAGCCGCUGGAGUGGAGAGUUACUGUGGAGAGUCCUUUCCAAGUUGGUGCCUCUUUGGCUUCCUGCCUGAGGCAGGCAGUAUCACCGGACUGGAAUAAGGGGAAACUUCUUGGACUUGGAUGUCCGCUGGGUCCCUCGGGUGGUCCAGUGGAAUGAAUAGCCUUUAUGGAGGACUGUGGUGACCAGUUUCAUCUCAUGACAGUCACGGAUGAGCACCUGACUCAUCAGGCAAGAGAGUAGCAGAAUUGGUGGUGGUGGGUUUCUCAAACUGGACUUACGGGUGGGGGCCUGGUUCUGGGUCACACAGUCAUUAGACAGCCAGCAUUCUGGUGCUUGUAGGAGGGGGGGGUCCUCAGCUGUGUAAUGGGGGUGCGAUAAGAUCUUGACCAGCGGCUAACUUGUUUGCGUUUUUCCUUUUCACUACGUGAGCAGUGGCCACCACAGUUCUUAGACAGGUGGACCAUCCUGUGGCUAAUGGUUCCAAUCAUUUGGAUGGGCACCUAUGUCAUAGGACAUUUCCUUGGCCCCAAAGUUUAGAAUAAAAUCCCUUUUGUCUUUUGUUUCAUGAGCAAAUAAAGGAAAAUGUUUGGGACAUAUGGAAGGCCUAGGGCUUGAGCCAAAGUCAGAGCUGUUUUUAAAAGCCUCAAAUGUCUUUUGUUUAGUCUCAGUCUAGAUUAGGGGCUUGCUGCUCCACUUUGUGCUGGUGUAUAGACGCUUGCUAUUGCCACGAACUCUGGUACCCAGUGGCAGCAAUAUCCAGCUGCAUCUAGGAAUGCUAGAGCCUGUCUCUUGGGCUUUGGAAUUGGGGUCUGAAAGAUGGCAUCAAUCCUACUCUGAGCCAGGCUCCUUUCGCCUCCCCCUCAGCUGUUAGCCAAAAUAGGCAGCCUUCUACAAAGCUGGGCUUUUUUAGCUGACAUUCUGUAGCCCAAGGUCUGUAACUCUGGCAGCAGUCCCUCAGUGGCCCCUCUAAAAUCUAUUUCCCAAGAAACCUCUGACGAAGGGCAGGUGGUCAGCAUUUAGUGUCUUAAACCCUGGGGAAACCUGUUUCAGGUACGUUGCCCACCGUAACCUCCGACGUGGACUGUCCGUUUAAAAACAAAUAUGGGUUGACUCACUUCUGCCAGUGGAAGGCUGACAAAUGUGUCUUUUAGUUCCAAGACAGUGGACACCUGGAGGAAUCAGACUCAUGAGAACCAGAGGUCCCAGGUUUCUUCACAGGCAGGAGAAGCAUAAUCCAGGGUGAAUGACAGGGCACCAGGAUGCCUGUCUCUUUAAGCCAGGCAAUAAGCAAUUUCUCUUUGGUUUCAGAGUCAUUGGGUAGUGUUUGAUCUGGAUGGGGUGCAUGGGAGGGGAGCAGAGGGGAAGGAGGUUAGCUGAACUGGUUAAUUAAACAAUUAUAGGAGCUUGCUGUUGGGCCAAUUCUGGGGGCCGGGGAGUUGGGGGUUGGUUUCUUCUGACAGUAGGUGAGACACCAAAAUUUUGCUGGGCAUCUGUCAUGCCCAGCUGCAAGUCUAGCUGCAUCUUGUCAUCAGAGAAGGUGACGGCAGCUUUCAGUUUAUGCCAAAAGGGCUUGUUGUAAUUGUUGGGAUCUGUAAGCAGGCAUCUCUACAGCCAGCCCCAAGGGACCUGACAAACUGGUUGUCUGGCAUCUGUGAGGCCACCUAGAAGACCACCGCUGGCCACCAGAAACCACCUGUGCAUGCUCUGGGUCACCUUAUAAGAACUCGAAGCUCCUCCUCUUUCUUUCCCUCCUGCCUCAUCCAGAGAUGGUCUCUGUGACCCCUUCCCCUUUUCCUACCCCCUUCCCUUUCCCUUUCUCUCCCCUUCCCCAAUAAACCUCCCAUG